AUGAGGCUCUGUCUCUCUGGUUUACUCUUCCUCCUGGUGAUCUCAUUGCCUUCAGGGAACGGUUUUCUCAGGAAUGAUGGAGUAGAAAUUCGUUCUUGCACUGUGAUUGGUGGCAGAUGUUUCUUUGGUUGUAGAGUGGGUUGGGAAUGGGUUGCAUACUGUCACAACAUAUUGUCUUGUUGCAAAAAGUUGAAAACUGUACCCAGUGUCAGUGGCUUCUGA